AUGCAAACAAACGAUCAUCAAGAAAAUCCUUCCGAUCCCGAAGAAGAGGAGAUUACUCAUCUUUCUUCAUCAACGCCUGCAGACCAAACACAUCCAUUGGUUGAUCAAGAGGAUAUUCAUCCUCCAAGUCAAGGAGUGGAUAAAGAUCUAGGCAUGAAUGAAGAAGCCUUUCAUGAUUUCAUCGAGCAGCAAGUUGCCAAAAGGCGAAAUAAUGAACCUCUCUCAUUCAAAGACAAGUUAUCAAUAUGGAUGAUUGGAGUAUUAACCUUCUUUGUUUCUAUUGCAACAAUAUUAGGAACAGGAAUAUUGGGAUUACCAGUAAAAUUAUAUCAAACUGGAUUUUGGCCAUUCUUUUCAACUUUUGUUGUUUGCUUCAUCAUGCAAGCAAUGAUUAUUUUGUAUUUGACUGAAAUACUUCAAAAAACAGAAUUAAUUAUGAAGGAAGAACAUGGUAAAAAAGAAUCAUUGGAAGAAGAAAAUAUUGUUCAAGAAAAAACAAGAGAAGAUGUCGACGAUCUUACUCGGACCAAUGACGACCAAGAAGAGCCAUUCGAAACUACACAGGAAAACGUUGCAACCACUGUUCAAGUGAAAGAAGAAAACAAAGAACCAGUUGUUUUUGAACCUGACUUGCACACUAUUGGAAGAUUGUUUUUGAACAGAGCACUUCAAAUUUUGUUCGACUUCUCCGUCAUCAUUCACUUUAUCUCAAUUUUAAUAAGCUACUCGAUUGCUGGACCCAUUGCAAUAGCUUCAUUAUUCAACAUUAAGGAUUACUAUCCAUAUUUUAUUCCUGCUUUUGUUUUAAUAUUAACCAUAUUUGUACUUUUACUUGAACGGUUUUUAUCACACAUUAUUUCUGCAGCAACCAUCUUUAAGGGAGCUUUGUUGUUAAUCAUGGUUGGCUUGGUAGGAUUUAUUAGUGGGCAAACGAAAUUGGAGUUUACAGACAAUUUUCAAUACAUUGGACAUCCUUUCUUGAUUGGAACAGUGAGUCUUGGUGGUGUGAUGAACACGUUGCCUGUGAUUGUUAAUGAAGACGAAGAUGAAACAACACCAGAAAUGAGAUCUCGAGUGAAAGCAUUGAAAAUUCAAAUCUUUCGAUGGAGCGCCAUUUUAGGUCUCUUUGUUUGCUUCCUCAUUAAUGUCCUGUGGUGUCUCUUUGUGUUGAGAAUUGUGCCACAAGAAUCCACAGAUAAGAACUAUCCAUCUCUCCACAAAUCUAAAGAAAAAGGAGAAAUUUCCACCGUCCCCAUCAUUGAAAUUAUCAAACUAAAAUAUCCUCAAUACGUCUGGUUAGGAUAUUUCGUUCAAUUCUUCAUCUCAUUGAGCAUUACCGUGAGUUUUUGUACCAUGUCUUUUGGUGCCAAACACAUGCUUGAUGGUUAUGUGAAAACUUUUGAAAUGGCACAACAGAGAGCUGGCAGUUAUGCCUCACGUCUCUCUCAAUUUCUCUUCUCCAAAAUAUCCUUCCUGAAACACAAACCCUCACGUUUGAGUUUGCUCUUGAAGAUUCUUCUGUAUGGAGCGACUUUUCUACCCACCUAUGUGAUGGCACAAAUUAAUCCAAGAAGUUUCUUGACUGUGAUGGAAGUUUUUACAUCAAUGGCUCUCAACCUUGAAAGUGGAUUUUUCAUUUCUCUCAUUCUCCUUCUUUCAUGCCGAGCGCAAUAUGUUCAUCACAUCGUUUCAGUACCUCUUCCUAAAUUAUUUAUUUACACUACGGUGGGAAUCGUGGCUGUCUAUUUCCUAUUUGCAGUGGUCUUUGAUAUUAUUUACUCAAUCAUUGGAUGGGUGUGGCCUGAAAAACCUUUUUAA